AUGGGUAUCAAGGGUCUGACUGCGCUCAUCUCAGAGCAUGCACCCAAAGCAAUCAUCGAACACGACAUCAAAACACUCUUCGGUCGCAAAGUCGCCAUUGACGCGUCGAUGUCCAUCUACCAAUUCCUCAUUGCCGUGCGACAGAAGGACGGAGAAUUGCUGACGAAUGACGCAGGUGAAACGACAAGUCAUUUGAUGGGGUUCUUCUAUAGGACUAUCAGGAUCGCCGAGAACGGUAUUAAGCCAGCAUAUGUAUUCGAUGGGCGGCCUCCGGAACUGAAGGCUGGAGUGCUGUCUAAACGACUUGAGAGGAGAGAAGAAGCCAAGGCGGAGGGGGAGGAAGCGAAGGAAACAGGCACAGCGGAGGAUGUAGAGAGGUUUACCAGACGGACCGUCAAAGUUACUAGAGAACAUAACGACGGAGCCCCGUCAGAAGCAGAAGCACAGUGUGCGGAACUAGCACGAGGUGGAAAGGUUUAUGCAGCUGGCUCGGAGGACAUGGAUACUCUAACAUUCAACACUCCUAUCCUAUUCCGCCACCUUACCUUUUCCGAGGCUAAAAAGGCGCCCUAUAUCGGAAAUUCAACUUCAGAAAAAUUCAUUGAUCUGUGUAUUCUGCUGGGUUGCGAUUAUUUGGAGCCUAUAAGAGGCAUUGGUCCGAAGAACGCAUUAAAAUUGAUCAGGGAGUUCGGUGGACUAAAAGGCGUUGUCGAGCACCUGCGAGAAAAACAAGCUGAAAAAGAAGAAAAGGCAGCUGACGCCGAGGAUGGAACAAAAAGGAAGAAAGGUGGGGUUCAUGUCCCGGAAGACUGGCCAUGGGAAGAAGCGAAGAAGUUGUUCGAGAGUCCGGACGUCAUACCGGCUUCGGAAGUGGAGCUCGAGUGGAAGGAUCCAGACAUCGAGGGUCUAGUACAGUUCCUGGUGACCGAGAAGGGGUUCAAUGAGGAUCGCGUUCGAAAAGGAGCAGAGAAACUCCAGAAAUGUCUUAGCUCCAAGCAACAAGGACGCCUCGACGGAUUUUUCACCGUUAAACCCAAAGAGGCAGAUGACAAGGAAGUCAAAGGUCGGGGAAAGAGUACCAAGAGUCAGAGUAAGACUACUGAGGGCAAGGGAAAAACUUCGAAAACGGGAACAAAACGUAAGGCUGAAGAGAAAGCGGAAUCGUCGGGGAGCAAAAAGACCAAGAACAAGAAGUAG